AUGAGCUUGAGUUCCGAGUUAAAAAGGGAUGUUCUGAGGUGGGGCGCCCCAGAAGUCCACGCGUGGCUGGUUAGCAUAGGUUUCGAGCGGUACGCCCAAUUGCUCGCCGAUGAGCAUUCGAUUGAUGGAAAGACGCUUUUGUUACUGAGCGAGGACGAUCUACGGGAAAAGCCGCUGCAGUUGAACAACCUCGGCGACAUCAAGCGGUUAGGGUUUGAGAUUGCCCAGUUGCGAAGCAGAUACAAUGGCUUUCAUGUCAACCCCAAAUCCCCCAGCGAGGACGUGCUCCUCUGCGUCGAUUACGAAAAGACAACCGAUGUUCAGGUGGCCGGGAAAACGGUGCCGAUCAAGACGAUAGAUACGGCAAUUGUAACAAAUGACGAGCUUGCCGACACGCUCAGCGCUUGCGGCGAUGUGCACGGUAUUCACUUGAUCUCGCGGGAGGAGUUGAUACGAUCUGUCGAGUCCCCCGACACCGCAUUCAAAAGUUUCGCCAAGCUGGCGAUCGCCUUCAUCUACUGCCUCGGCUCGCUGCUCAUCACCGCUUUUGUUAUGGUCAUCGUUCACGAUCGAGUCCCAGAUAUGAAAACCUACCCACCACUGCCAGACAUUGUGCUCGACAAUCUACCGCUUAUUCCCUGGGCUUUUGACAUGGCGGAGAUGAUCGGCCUCGUUUUGUGUACAAUCUGGGGAUGUGUGUUGCUCUUUCACAAGCAUAGGGUAGUCGUAGCCCGCCGAAUGUUCUCAAUGGUCGGCUCGGUAUUUCUGCUCCGUUGUAUCACGAUGCUCAUCACCUCACUCUCCGUGCCCGGCGUCCAUUUGGAAUGUAGAGCAAAAAGUUACGGGUCGUUGAAGGAAAAGUUCUGGCAGGCUUACCUGAUUUGGUCGAGGUUUGGCAUGUCGAUACAGGGAGUUCGCUCGUGCGGCGACUACAUGUUCAGCGGCCAUACGACAACAAUCACACUGCUCAACCACUUUAUUACAGAAUAUACGCCAGCCUCGUGGACUCAACUACACACUUUGACGUGGGUGCUGAACCUCUUCGGCAUCUUCUUCAUCCUCGCCGGCCAUGAGCACUAUUCGAUCGACGUUUUUAUUGCGUUCUACAUUUCGUCGAGAAUGUUCCUCUACUACCACGCCUACGCCUACAAUCACGCCAAUUUGACGGCCACCGACGAUCGGAUGAGGCUGUGGUUCCCGCUUGGGUGGUUCUUUGAGGCCGGCUCGAAGGGAAAGGUUAUCAACGAGUACGAGUUCCCGAUCUCGUUUCCCAAGUUCCGGAAGCGAUCUACGGAAGAGCGACCGUCUAGCGCCGAGCGGAAAGAGCUGGAGAUGAUAAAAGAUCCGAAAAACAACAACACUUCCGACAACACCCACCAACACACCAAUGGCACCACAAAACCCCGCCAUCGCAAGGGCCAGCGAAAAGAA